UAUUGGAAUGCGUGCGAGCCUGGUUCCCUGUGUGCGUGAGACACGGAUAGCACUUAGACACUUAGUAGACGCACACUUAGACACACACACACUUAGUAGACGCACACUUAGACAUACACACACACUUAGACUUACACACACUUAGUAGACUCACACACACUCAGACAUACACACACUCAGACAUACAGUUAGUAGACGCACACUUAGACACACACACACUCAGACACACACACUUAGUAGAUACACACUCAGACAUACACACACUUAGACAUACAGUUAGUAGACACACUUAGUAGACGCACACUUAGACAUACACACACACUUAGACUUACACACACUUAGUAGACGCACACUUAGACAUACACACACACUUAGACUUACACACUUAGACUUACACACACUUAGUAGACGCACACUCAGACAUACACUUAGUAGACGCACACUCAGACAUACACACACUUAGACUUACAGUUAGUAGACACACACUCAGACAUACACACACUCAGACAUACACACACUUAGACUUACACACUUAGUAGACACACACUUAGACACACACACUUAGACUUACACACACUUAGUAGACGCACACACACACACUUAGUAGAUACACUUAGACAUACACACACUUAGUAGACGCACACACACACACUUAGACACUUAGGAGACACACUUAGACUUACACACACUUAGACACUUAGUAGACACACAGACACACUUAGACACACUUAGUAGACACACACAGGCACACACACAGGCACACACACAGGCACAUACACUUAGUAGACACACACAGACACACACACACAGACACAUACACUUAGUAGACACACACACAGACAGACACAUACACUUAGUUGACAUACACACACACACAGACACACACACAGACAGACACAUACACUUAGUUGACAUACACACACACACAGACACACACAGACAUACACACACACACAGACACACAGCCACACACACAGACAGACACACAGCCACACACACAGUCACACACAUACAGACACACACACAGGCACAGUCACACAGACACAGACACACACAGACACACACACAGACACACAGACACACAGCCACACACACAGACAGACACACAGCCACACACACACACAGACACACACACAGACACACACAGACACACACACACAGACACACACAGACAGACAGCGAGAGAGAGAGAGGGAACGAGGAAGAGAGAGGAACGAGGCGGCCCUGCUCUGCAAGAGACGCGGGACGACUGGUGAAGUGCAGAGUGUGAGGAGGACCGACACCCCCCUCCCCUCCUCUUGCCGGUGACCCGGUGAGUGACCCCGUGGGUGAGCCGGUGGGUGAGCCGGUGGGUGACUCGGUGAUCUCCACCACUCACCAUGGACGAUACGGAGAUGGACCUGGCGUCGGGGGGCUGCUCCACGGGGCCGCAGAAGAUCAUGGGCCCGGAGGACGACGAGUUCCUCUCUGACGAGGAGCAGAGUGAUGACCAUGGUCCGUUCUCUGACCUGGACCAGCUGCGGAGCCGCCCGGCUCACAUGGCAGUGUUCCUGCAGUACGUGCUGUCCCAGCUGGAGCCCGCCGCCCUGCUGUUCCAUCUGUGUGUGGAGGCGGCUCAACACUCCAAAGACCCCAAGAAGCUCAUGUCAGAGAUCUACUUCUCUUUCUUGGAGCGCCACGCGCCUCUGAAGAUUCCCGUUGCAGACGAGUUGAUUUCAGCUGUGGAGGAGUGCCGCGUGCGACCGGGCCUCGUGCUCGAUGAGGCGGUGCGCCGUGCGGUGGAGACGGCUCAGCCCGGCGCGCUGGAGACGGCACGGGGGCAGUUGGACGACUACCGGAGGAGGAGGGUGAUGGGGCUGGGGUCGAUGUUUGGAGAGACGAUGUUGACGAUCGUGCCCAGCGCCCUGGCGUCCGCACUCGCAGACGGCAGCGACAAGCGCAAACGCAGCACGCUGGGGCCCAAGAAGGAGAAGGAGGACAAGAAGGGGGGUGGGGGCCGCCAGUCGCUCUUCCGUGACAUCAUCCUGAGGCCCGGCCAAUGGGGUGGGGGCGACGGGCAAGGGAGCAGUGUGGCGAGCAUGGUGCGCCAGUUCGAGCCGGCGCCGGGGGGAGGGGCCGGGGGCUACGAGGGGGGGGGGCUGGAGCCGGGGUCAGCGGGGGACCUGGGGGAGACGCGGGGCGGCGGCAGAGAGUCGGGCGGCUUGCGAGUGGGCCGCUCCGAGAGUCUGCGGGUCGACGGCGGCGGUGGGCGCCGCUCCCCCGGCUCCUCCUCCUCCUCCUCCUCGCGCUCCAAGAGCGACAUCGACAGGGAGGCCGCCAUGGAGGCCACGGGCCUGGUCUACUUCCUCGUCUUCUGGACUAACCGGAUCCUUCUCCUCCGCACCAGAAAACAUGCCGUUUGCAUGCGACUUGCACGUGGCCCUGUUGUCAAUCGGCUGUUGGACGAGGGCCCCUCCCCGACGCCACGAGUGUCGCUGGGCCCCGACGAGGACCUGGAGGUGGAGGCAGAGGCCCCCCACUGGCAGCUGCUGCUCAAGCCGGAGCAGCUGGCGCGCCUGGGCAAGCAGGAGGUCAAGCGGCAGGACGUCAUCAACGAGCUGCUGCACACGGAGCGUGCCCACGUGCGCAUGCUCAAGGUGCUCAAGGCGCUGUUCUGCGACCGCCUCGUGCAGCACGGCGUCGCGCCCGAAGCCGAGGUGCGCCAGAUCUUCCCCAACCUCGACGUGCUGCUGCCACUCCACGAGUCUCUGAACGUGGACAUGAAGAAGCUGAAGGAGAACGGGCCCCUGGUGGAUGGCGUGGGAGACGUCCUGUUGGCCAGGUUUGCUGGCGUGGCUGGUGAGGCGCUGCAGGCGGCGGCCGCCGUGUUCUGCAGCCAGCAGACGCUGGCGCUGGACACCAUCAAGCAGCGCCAGCGCAAGGACACUCGCUUCCAGCAGUUCAUACAGGAUGCGGAGAGCAACCCUCACUGCCGCCGGCUGCAGCUCAAGGACUUCUUGCCGUGUGAGAUGCAGCGACUCACCAAGUACCCGCUGCUGCUGGACAAGAUCGCCAAGUACACCGCUGACAGCAGCCCCGAGCACGGCAAGGUGCAGCAGGCCAGCGAGUGCUGCAAGCGCAUCCUGCUGUCCGUCAACACGGCCGUGCGGGAGGCGGAGAACGCACAGCGCCUGCAAGACUACCAGCGCAGGGUCAGGCGCCUGCAAGACUACCAGCGCAGGAUGGACGUCUCCCCGUUCCUGGAAAAGACGCAGUACCCCUACAUCGCAGAGUUCAAGAAUCUGGACCUCACCAAGCGCAAGAUGCUGCAUGAGGGGCCACUCACCUGGCGCCUCAACAAGGAGAAGACGAUCGACCUGCACGUGCUGCUGUUGGACGACCUGCUGGUGCUGCUGCAGCGGCAGGAGGAGAAGCUGGUGCUGCGCUGCCACAGCCAGCAGCUGGGGGGAGCCUCCGACACGAAGCAGAUCUACAGCCCCAUCGUGAAGCUGGGCACCGUGCUGCUGCGGGAGGUGGCUCGAGACAAACACGCGUUCUUCAUGAUCAGCACGUCCCAGCUGGGCCCCCAGAUCUACGAGUUGGUGGCCGUGAGCGUGUCGGAGCGCCGCGCCUGGUGGCAGCGCCUGAGCGACGCCGUCGCCGCUGCGCGCAGGAAGAACACCGCCGCCCUGCUGGGCGUCGCUCACAAGGAGGGCGACGCGCCCACCUCGCCCGGACCCCCCGACGCCCACAAGGAGGGGCCGGCGGUGGGGGCGGUGGGGGGGGUGGGCGACUCGGAGGAGGUGUCCGUGGGGGGCGACGUGGAGCAGCAGGAGGAGGAGGAGGCGGCCGCCCCCCCCCACGCCGAGGAGCGUGCCGGCGGGGGGCUGUCCCCCCACGCCGACGACGCCCCGCCGGGCCCCCCGGGGCCCACCCAAGGGGCGCUCUCCCCGGACUCGGCGGCCUCCCCGACGCCAACGCCGCCGUGGCGGUCGUGGGCGCCCGCCGGCGACGGGGCAGCGGGAGACGAGGGCCUGGCCGGCCCCGCCGUGCAGGCCGCCCUCGUGAUAGUGUACCGCUCGUGA